AUGAAUAGACAAAGUCUGAGUAUAGAAACUACAGUGGGUUCCAAGAAUGAAGAAGAUGAUGAAUUAAGUUCCCAGAUAACUCAACUUGGGCCUCCUACGUUGAAAAGUUUUCAAUUGGGCGAUAUGAAAACACCACCACAAGGAAGCAACCCCAAAUUUACUGACAAUGGACAAACAACCUGUGAAGUCCAAUAUUACGACGACAUCCAAAAUUUGCCCACUCCAAUUGUUCCCAACUUUCAGAAGCCUUACUCUUCUCGAAGUCCCAAUACGAGCCCCAAAUGGAGUCCACCAUCUACACAUGAUUCUAUUUUCCCCAUUAAAGAAGAGUCGCCGGUACCGAAUUUGGGAAAAGAAAAUAAUUCCACUUUAAUUAUACCAAAGACAAGAACUAGGAACACUUCUUCUAAAAUCAUCCGAGUAGAUACUAAUCUGGAUUCAUUUGGGGCAGACGAAAACAAGGUGGAUCAAAAACGCUUCAUUUCGGAUUACAAAUUAAGAAAUAGAGAUGAGUAUACAGAAGUUCCAUUGACCACAAGAAUCAACCACAAUGAAGCAUUGAGAACUCCUUUGAUUAACCGGAACAUAAAUCCCAUAGAUAGAGUUGUUUCAUUGCCAAUUCACUCUAAAUUUCGACCAGUUACACCUAAAGCCAGAAACCAGAAUGAGCUGCCACGAUCCAUUCCUCAAAUUGAUUCAAAUAUUGAGAAUAUGCAAAAUGGGGAGUCUAUUCUUCAAGAGGUUUUGAAAACUUACUCAGUAGAUGGGAAGCAUGACCUCCAGAAAUGGGAGCCACUGUAUGAAAUAGGUUGUGGGUCUUUCAGUAAGGUUUAUUUAUGUAGCGAUGGUCAAACCGUAUUGAAAAUAUCGGAUGUCAGUUUCAGUAAAGAAAGUCAAAACUCAAAGGACAUGUAUUUGCGUAUACAAAAUUCACUCAGCAGGGAAUUAGAAGUAUUAAAAGAACUAAAGCAUCCCAAUAUAAUCAAAUUAAUAGGCAGUGACUAUAAACCUGACCUGAAAACUGAUAUAAGCCGGAUUACAAUCGUCAUGGAGUACUGCAAAGGUGGCGAUCUAUACAAUUUUAUUCUUAAUUACCGCAGUGAAAUGAAUAGUGAAUUAAUAAGGUGUAUGUUUACCAAUCUAGUUUCCGCAAUCUCAUUUAUGCAUUCAAAAAAUAUAUGCCAUCGUGAUAUUAAACUCGAAAAUAUCUUGUUAAAAUAUUCACAGUUAGAAACUCUUGAUAAUGGAGUUAGAAUGGCUGCUUUACACACACCUAUCCUUGUUUUGUCUGAUUUUGGAUUAAGCAAAAGGCUUGAUCCCGCCAAUCCAAUGCUUACGACUAGAUGCGGUUCCGAAGAUUACGUGUCCCCUGAAUUACUUUUGGGCAUGCCUUAUGAUGGUAAACAAAAUGAUUGCUGGUCAAUGGGUGUAGUUCUUUACACAAUGUUAGAAAGUAGAUUACCAUUUGACCCGUUACCAAGCGAGGCAAAUAAACCAACCGGCCGUAGAUCUAAACCUGCUCAUCGAAUAGCAAUGAUCAAUUGGACAUGGUAUUAUCUCAAGGAUGAGACUUUGAGUGAGGAAUUUGCCUCAGCAAAAGAAAUCGUCAAGCUUUUGUUGACGAAAAGAAAUAAAAGAGCCACUGUAAAUGAUAUAGAAAACCACAGAUGGUGCAAACCGUAUAUUCUAAAAGGAGACAGUUGA